GCUUCUACUAAAAUGACGUAGGAAGCAAGUGUUGUUUAAGGGUCGUAGAACUAGAGAUCUUUGAAGCAGAUUUACAUUGAUGUGUUUGAAUGAAAGAAAUUAAAAGUUGGCUUACUAAAUAAUAAGCGUGUAAUUUAGCAUGAGUCGACAGACGGCACCAGGGCCUAAGGGGAGGACUCUUCAAGUACCAGCAAUGCCUAACACAGCACUUCCUAUGCAGACAUCAGACCCUGUUUGGGCAGGCCCAAAUAAUGGUAACUCUGACCUUGCUAGUUACUUUGAGUGCCCAGUGUGCUUUGAUUAUGCAUUACCUCCCAUCAUGCAGUGCCAGAGUGGUCACAUAGUAUGUCAGUCAUGUCGGCAAAAGUUGACCAUGUGUCCAACAUGUAGAGGUCCAUUAGGUAAUAUUCGCAAUUUGGCAAUGGAAAAAGUAGCAGCAUCUGUCUUGUUCCCAUGUCGCUACUCAAAUAAUGGGUGCCAGUCAACAUUGCUACACACAGAAAAAAGUGAACAUGAAGACACUUGUGAACACAGACCAUACACCUGUCCAUGUCCUGGAGCAUCUUGCAAGUGGCAGGGUUCAUUAGAACAGGUCAUGCCCCAUCUCAUGCAAUCACAUAAGAGCAUCACCACAUUACAAGGUGAAGAUAUAGUCUUUCUGGCAACAGAUAUCAAUCUUCCUGGAGCUGUAGACUGGGUUAUGAUGCAAUCUUGUUUUGGUCACAAUUUUAUGUUAGUUCUUGAAAAACAGGAGAAGAUAGAUGGCCUUCAAAUGUUCUAUGCUAUUGUCCAACUCAUAGGUACCAGAAAACAAGCUGAAAACUUUAUUUACAGGUUAGAACUUAAUGGCCACAGGCGAAGACUGACAUGGGAAGCUGCCCCCCGUAGUAUUCAUGAUGGCAUACAGUCCGCCAUUGCAAGCAGUGAUUGUCUGGUGUUUGACACAAACAUUGCACAGCUCUUUGCAGAUCACGGGAAUUUGGGCAUCAAUGUCACUAUUACCAUCUGUGACAGGUAGAAAGAUCUGCCCGUGGAAAUCUCUUGCCUUUGUUACCUGUUUUUAGCUCCAGAAUGUAGCUCUAAAAUUGACUCAUCAUUCUCUUGUCAUAUUCACCUUGUCAUAUUGCUUCUACCUGUAGAGUUUGGUCAACAUCAGAUAAUGGCUCAUUGAUUUGUUUCUAAGUAUAACAAAAAUUUCCCUUCGACUAAAAUCAGUAUGAUGGUAUGUGAUUAAAGUAUCAAAGGCUACCUUUAAUAUUUAUGUUUAUGUAAAUUGUGUAGCAGCUACUCCUUGAUUCUGAUAGAGUAUAGCAAUCAAAUUGAUUCAACCUUUAUUUUGCUUUUCAGACCAUACUAGUUAUUUUAGAGAAAGAAAACAAUUGUUUUUGUCAUCUUUCAGCAAAUGUUUUAAAAUGUGAUUAUGUUUUUAGCUUAAAUUUAAGCUGAUGUUUUGUUGUUCAGUUUGCUUACUUGUACAUAAAGGAACUAGUAAAACAUAACUUGAGUUAAGAGACUUCAGAAAGUUUUGUUAGCUAGAACUUUUGGAAAUCCUUGAUCUAAAAAGAAAUGGAAAUAAGAAAAUGCUUUUAAAAAAGAUUACUAGUGCAGUUACAAAUCACUCUGUUUUCAAGAAAUUUGGUGCUGAUCUAUUGUAUAAAAAAUUUACCCAAAUCAUUUUAUAAAAUAACAUGUUUUUUGAGAGCACGUUUUUUCCUCUCCAGUUUUAAUUUUUAAAAUCUGAUGUCUGAAUGGCUGUUUUUAUCAUAAGACCAAUAUUAUUUAUUUCACCUGUUCUAGUUUUGAGCUUAUCUUUGUUAUAACCCACUUUUAGAUUAGAAAAAGUUUUUCUUGUUAUGGAGCGAGCAAUAUUGAAUGUGUUAGCCAUGUUUAACAGACUGGGUAUAGUUAUAACCAGCAUGCUGCUUAAGGAUCUUUAUUAAUAACCUGCAUCAGUGUAUAAGCUGUAGUUGGAUUUUUUUAAUAAACACUCUAAAUAUUGUUUAUGCCAUACAUCUAAAUAAAAACACAUUUCCUAGCCCAAGUAGAAAAAACAACUUAUCACCAGUUAUUUUUUAAGCUAGUAAAUUUUAAAAUAAUUUCUUGUUGACAUUUUGUUCUUCUGGGUCUAUAGUAUAUACAUUUUACCAAGAAGAUUAACAUGAAGAAAUGGGAUCUAAUUUAACAACCUAUUAUUUAAAUCUCAGUAACACUGUAAAAUUUAAAAUUAAGCGAUUUGCUUGCACUUUAGCAGUUUUUAUAUUUCAUUCAAUACUUUCGUUUAUGGUUAUCUCUUAAACUGUGCAUUAUGAAACAAAUGUGGGUGUUUCAUAAAAUAUAAUAUGACCAUCCGAAUCUUAGUUUUAACUUGAUUGCACAAUAAAUAAUUUUUGUUUAGAAUAAGUUCAUUUAAAUUAGUUAAGAAACUUAACAGACAAGUUUGCAGGAAAAAUAUUAGAAUUCUCUGUUUAGUCUGAUUUUCUUAAAAUAUUGGCUAAGUUAAAUUUCUAUUUGAAUUUUUUUUCAGGUAUAUUUUUAAGGCAUUUCAUUUUUAAUCAAGACUAAUUGGCUUUAUUUUCAUUGAAUUUAAGCUAAAUUUGUUGAUACAAAAAAAUACAACUCAUGUAAUUAUUGCUUAAGAACCAUCAUUUAUGUAAAUAGACCAUCAACAAUUUGAGCAUGUCUGUAAACUUUGGAUAUAGAUUAUUAUUCUUUCUCAUUGGAAGAAUCUUUAUAAAAGAGAAGUGUUAAAAGAAAUAUUGAGAGAUUGAACUUUGUUAGAUGAAUGGAUGUGUUAAAUAGGAUAUGAUUAUGUGAGUUUGCUUUGAAAGACUUGCAAAGUUUAAGUGCACCAUUUAAAAACAGCCAAAUAUGUUUGAAUGUGUGAGAAGAGAAUGUGACUUGCUUAAUGGUGGUGGUGGUUUUACCUCGGAUGUCUGUAUUUAUUUUAAGUCAUGUAUUCAUGGCUUUGCUAAGUCUCAUUAAUAUUACACUCAAUGGGAUCAAGAUUCAGACCGAGGUGCCUUCAAGAGUUUUUCUAUAGUGCAAUAUUGGGAUACAGUAAAUCUGUUUAAUUUCUUUUUAGAUUUUGGUUUAGUAGUCGCUAACAUUUUAAUGGGGAUGGGAAUCGAUUUUUUUAUAACAAAAAAUAGUUUCUGCAUAUAUGAUUUUUGACCACAGAAAUCUUGUUAACAUUAAGUGUAAUAAUGAGACAGCCACAUGGUCAGUGUUUUUAUCUUUUUUUUUCAACAUUUAGACUUUGUUUCAUUCAGGUUUUUAAAUAAUAUCACUAUUGUAAAAAAUAUUUGAUUCUAAUGUAUCACUGUACAAAAGUAUUCAAUUUUAUAACAUGUUUUUUUCCUUAAAAAUACUGGGAAAUGUACGAUUCACAUUUUUCAUUAGUUUGAUACUUUUUUUCAUGCAUAAACAAAAUAUUAGAUGACUCAAGAAUGGAAUGUUCCAGUUGCAUGCUUUUGUUGCUCAGAUGGUCAUUAACACUACAGGCUAACCCUAAUUUGUGCACCAAGUGCAAACAGUUAAUCCUAAUGAUUAACUUGGCAUUACUUUAAUUUCUAACUUGAUUUUGAUUGUACAAGUAAAUAUAAGUUAGCCAAUUUUGAAAACAAAAACAAUGAGGGGUUUCUUGUAGUUGUUGAUUUGCUGAGUUAUAAGUCUAGUUUACCAUUAGAAAGCCAUUUUUCUUUAAAAAUCAAAAAUUUGAACUAAUGAAGUGAGAAUUUCCGUAGCUAGCUUCUUUAAUUUUUUAACAAAAAAAUUGAAAAAAAAAAAGCAAAAGAAUUUUAAAUUUAAUUUUAAGUUAAUUUUAAAAUCUAAAAGUUGAAAAUUAAGACUUGCUUAGAUGCAUUAAAAAACUAGUCAUAGAUAACUUGUUGCUGAUGAUUAUCCCUAGAUUGUUGUUACCAAACUCCAUAUACAUAGCAGCACUGUUAACACAGCUAUGUAGAACAUGUGACAUUGAGCACCCUGCUUGUUUGAACCCUGCUUCUCAUCUGUUCUUCUCUGUGCAAUUGCUUGUUCACUCGGGCAAGAGUCACAGCAAAUGUAUAUUGGUUCUAUACUCUGGCUUCUGUUUACUCAGUUGUGACUUGUAUUUUUAUAGUUUUUUUUUUUUAGUUUGAAAUAUUUCAAAGCAUUGCAAAUUAUUUAAAUAACUUCAGAUAUACAGUAUCUUGUAACAUGGUACAUUCAUAAAGAGCCCGUAAUUUUCAGUAUUUAGAUCUAUUUUUUUAUUUUAUCCCUUGCUUUUUUUCCUGGUGAGGGUGUUGCUUUGCAAACACAAGUAUAUGUACCAUUUUUGGUGGCCUUAAUUCAGUACUUGUAUUUCUCGUAAUCUAGCCUCAUAUGUGGCACAACUUAAAACUGAUAGAACUGGGUUAUAUAGCAACUCUUGAAUAGCUUUCACAUAAAAGAAAAAUAUAGUUUCUCAUUUUUUAAGUUGAACUGUGAUUGUUGUGUUGUUCAACCAAGUGUAACAUAUUGUAUUUAUUAAAAAAAAAACAA